UCCCCUCACUUCCGACACCCCUGUCCUCCUCCUGAACGGACGCUGCAGGCGUGGGUCAGCAACGAACCAACGACACCGGGAAGUGGAAACGUCAAAUUACUGAAUAUCAGUUACACAUUUCCUUAAGCAACUCCGACGCUCACAAGGAAGACAAACCCAACCAUGCCCGACAAAGCAACUAUGCAGGAGCUGAAGGACGUCGCCAACAAGCUGCGAAUUCACUCCAUCAAAGCGACAUGUGCCUCCAACUCCGGCCACCCCACGUCAUGUUGCAGUGCCGCUGAGCUCAUGUCUGUGCUCUUCUUCCACACCAUGCGCUACAAAACCGACGACCCCGGCAACCCUUGCAAUGACCGCUUUGUUCUCUCCAAGGGUCAUGCCGCGCCAAUCCUGUACGCUGCCUGGGCUGAGGCCGGUUUUGUGAAGGAGUCGGACCUUCUCAACCUGCGCAAGAUUGACAGCGACCUGGAGGGGCACCCCACACCAAAACUGCCCUUUGUUGACGUGGCAACGGGAUCGCUAGGGCAGGGUCUCAGCGCUGCCUGUGGCAUGGCAUACACCGGAAAGAUGUUUGACAUGGCCAGUUACCGCGUGUACUGCAUGAUGGGGGAUGGAGAGUGCUCAGAGGGCUCGGUGUGGGAGGCCAUGGCCUUUGCCGCCUACUACAAGCUGGACAACCUGGUGGCUAUCAUGGAUGUCAACCGGCUGGGUCAGAGCGAUCCCGCGCCUCUUCAGCAUGAAAUGGACAUCUAUCGAAAGCGCUGCGAAGCUUUUGGGUGGAAUGCCAUUGUUGUGGAUGGGCACGAUGUGGAAGCGCUGUGUCGCGCGUUCGCGGACGCUCAGCAGAGUCGGGACAGGCCCACUUGCAUUGUUGCCAAGACAUACAAGGGAAAAGGCCUCAAAGGUAUUGAGGAUGAAUUGAACUGGCAUGGAAAACCCAUUCCAAAGGACAUGGUGGAUGGACUCUUGAAUAAUCUAAAUGGGCAAAUACAAAACCCCAAGAAGACCUUGUGUCCUGAGCUGCCCAAAGCUGACGUCUCACCCGCAGACCUAAGCACGAUCUACCUGUCUGAACCGCCAACAUACAAGGCUGGUGAAAAGAUGGCAACAAGACGUGCGUACGGCAACGCGCUGGUUAAACUGGGCCGAUCCAGCAACAGAGUGGUGGCCCUCGAUGGGGACACCAAAAACUCCACAUUUUCAAUAAGCUUCCAGAAAGCUUUCCCUGACCGCUUCAUUGAAUGUUUCAUUGCUGAGCAGAACAUGGUGGGAGUAGCCAUUGGCUGCGCUGCUCGAGACCGCGCUGUGGUUUUUGUCAGCACAUUUUCUGCCUUCCUGUCCAGAGCCUAUGACCAGAUCAGGAUGGGCGCCAUCUCUCAGUCCAAUGUCAACUUUGUCGGCUCCCACUGUGGCGUCUCUAUUGGUGAGGAUGGUCCUUCUCAGAUGGCACUCGAGGACCUGGCGAUGUUCCGUGCCAUCCCAACCUGCACGGUGUUUUACCCCAGUGAUGCGGUGGCCACUGAGAGAGCUGUGGAGUUGGCAGCUAACACAAAGGGUAUGUGUUUCAUCCGUACCAGCAGGCCUGAUACUCCCAUCAUCUACUCUGCAUCUGAGCCUUUUAAGCUCGGUGAAGCCAAGGUUGUACGCAAGUCAGACAAUGAUCUGGUGACUGUGAUUGGAGCUGGAGUCACUUUGCAUGAGGCUCUGUCUGCUGCUGACAUGCUAGAAAGUGAAGGGAAAAGCAUUCGUGUGAUUGAUCCAUUCACUAUCAAGCCUUUGGAUGCGGACACCAUUCUGGUAAAUGCAAAAGCCACAGGAGGACACAUCAUCACAGUGGAGGACCACUACAAGGAGGGUGGUCUCGGAGAGGCAGUGUUGUCAGCAGUGGGCCACGAGCCGGGCAUUGUGGUGACCCGUCUGGCAGUCACCGGUGUCCCUCGCAGCGGGAAGCCCCAAGAGCUUUUGGACAUCUAUAACAUCAGUGCAAAGAAUAUUGCCAACGCUGUGCGCCAGAGAUUUGCCAACUGAAGAAGACCGCACAGUCUUUGGCUUGGUGUUAUCACGUUUGUUCAUCUUUUUACCCAACUUGUCAGGCAGGUUUCAGUUAACUCUUAUUGCAUAGAACCUAUUGUGUGAUCUUGUUACGACUUGCCGAUGGAAACUUACUUGUUCCUCUUCACAUUCGACUACUGUAUAUGUGAAACAUUGCUUUGCUUAACACAGUUUUUCAGUGAAUUGUUCAUUAAAAAAACGUUUACAAAUUGUCAACCAGUCCAAAGUCCAGGUUGAUCAAAUUUGAGCUGAGAAUGAACCCAACACAUUCCAAACCUUGUAUCUCCGGCACAUACCAUGUGUUAAAACAUUUGAUGUUUAAGGAUGGAAAACCUGAUGGGCUUGAUUCAUAACUUUACUGAUUCCCAACAAAAUGUUACUGGUGUUCUUCUGGUGUGCUGAAUUAAACAUGGUGAACCCAAGCUCUUGCGUUCUUUUUCUAAAGUUGUCAAUUUGACAGAUGCAUUGCAGCUUAACCUUCACAAUUGAUGGCUAUAGUGAAUGCGUGACUUGUGUAAGCAAUGGCUUUGAAGAUCUUGGUGCCUUGUAAAGCAUUUGAAUAAAUAUCUUGAGUCUGAUGGCA